CCUUGCUUGUGCUCAGUGAGGCCCCGGGACAGAGGCGAUGGAGCAGCCGCCGGAACCGCAGCGGGAAGAGCUCGAGGCUGAGCGGGGACUCGUCUCCUUCGGCUUCACCCGGACCGUCAGCAGACCCCGGGUGAAGGAGGCGGAGUCCGAGAGGGAGGCGGUGAGCAGCGUGGAGGGCGGGGAGGUGCUGAGCCUAAAGCCGCGGGAGAAGCCCCGGGAACUGAUCGUGCCCCUCAUCCGGAAGAACCGUUGGCACAAGCCGGAAUCGGGGGCCAUAGCAACGAAGGAGAAGGAGCCAGGAGAGCAGGAGGACCCCGAGGUGCUGUCGAAAGCCGUGCAGGAGCUGAUUGAAGAGUCCCAGAGGUACCAGGAGAAGUGGAAGGAAGGGACUCUGGAUGACGGGACCCUCAGCAUCCCUCUGCUGAUGCAGAACCAGGCGCCCUGUGGAUAUGAAGACGGGGAGAAGGUCAAUGUGGAGCUGCGGCCGGAGUCGUCCACAGCGGCAGACUACGAGUCGGUGCCUGUGGAAGCCUACGGCAUGGCCAUGCUGAGGGGCAUGGGCUGGAAGGAGGGAGAGGGAAUCGGACACACGUUCAAACAGGACGUGAAGCCGUUGGAGCAGAAGCUACGGCCGAAGGGGCUGGGACUGGGGGCGGACCGGUCCCUGGCUCGGGACCUGGAGCCGAGCCGCCCUGCCAGGCCCCCGAAACCGGGCGAGGAGCAGAUGGAGGAGGAGCCGGAGGGCCCAGCUCUGGGCAGGAAGGUUCAGAUCCGGCAGGGACCCCACCGGGACCUAUAUGGACAGAUCGAAGGGCUAGACCCUGACAAUGCCCGCGUGGUGGUGCGGCUGGCGCUGGGCAACGAGGCGGUGACCGUCAGCCAGCACGGGCUCAGUUACGUCAGUGCUGGAGAGUACCAGCGUUACAGCCGGGACCUGAGCCGGUUGAGCACCGCCCACAGAGAAAGCCAACGGCAACAGGAGGCCACGCAGAGCAAGGAGAUCGAGAAGGAGAGACACAUGGAACACCGGGACAGGAAGAGGAAGCACAAGGUCAGCUCAGAGAGGGACAGGAAACGGGACAAGCGGCCCAGCAGCCCCUCUCCACGGCGCUCCCUGUGUUGGCUGCGCAGUGACCUGUUGGUCCGGCUCAUCGACCGGCGCUACCAGAAGGGAGCCUACUACAACUGCAAGGUCACCAUCGAGGACGUGCUGAGCACCGACUCGUGUGUAUGCCGGACUGACAGUGGACGGCUUCUGGAAGGGAUUAAACAGUCAAUGCUGGAGACGGUGAUUCCCAAGUCGGAUUCUGCUCACAUCAUGGUGGUGCUCGGCGAACACAGAGGCGCGGUGGGCCGAAUACUGAAGCGGGACAGAGCAAAGUGCCAAGCGCUGGUGCAGCUCCAACAUAACGAGGAACAACUCCUGCAGCUGGACUACGACACCAUCUGUCACUAUGUAGGGGCAUCAGGGGGCGACUGAAGGAGUCUGUGGAUGGGAGAGCGAGACAGUCCCUAUAAACCCCUCAGCAUUUCCCUCUCCACUUGUUCUUUCCAUGUCUGCUGACACUCAGCGCUAGAGGGAGCCAAUCUGAGUGGCUGAACUGAUGGCCCCUCCUUGUCUCCACCGGGGACCUGGCUCCACCUCCCCUGUGAGGUUUUGACCCCCAUCUCCCUGGAUUUGGCCCCAUUCCUCGCAGUGACCCGCUGCUCCAGCAGGGGGCGGGCACCCCUGCCCACAGAUGCCCCCGGUGGCUACUGCAACUCAGGGUCAAGUGUGGUGGGAGAUUGAAGAGGAGUCGGCAUUGCUGGGUCUCAUGAGGGCUGGGUGACACUGGCUUCCGGGGGAGGGGGGGGUUUGUACCUCCCUGCUGGCCCAUACAGGACCCAUAUUCCAUAAACUGGUGAAUAAAAGCUUAAUGUUACAGAUG